AUGACAGAUUUAUUAUCUUGUCAAUCGAACGCCUUCUACUUGUCUUGUUUGAAUAAUGAUUUGAAAAAUGUUCGUAAGACUAUUAAGCCUUCUUUCAUCAAUCAAAUCGAUCCUAAUGGGGACACAGCUCUUCAUAUUGCAUGCUCUAGAGGUUACAUUGAACUCGUGCAACUAUUAUUGCGAUAUCAUGCUUCUCAAACAAUUCAAAAUAAAGAAGGAUUAACUGCUGAGCAAGCAGCAGUAAACGAUGAAAUCAAAGAUCUUUUCAAAUACAAGGAGAGAUCGAAAUCAGAUUCAAAACAUUUUGUAGCUACAACAACUGAAGUUGAAUGGUUUGAUUCUUACAAGAAUGCUUAUAGAAUUUCUUAUGAAAAUCGUGAACAUAUGAAGCAAUGGUUUCUGAAGGUUCCAUUAAAAAAACUACUUGAUGAAAUUGAUAUUGGCUACAUAGAGAAAAUUAAAUUUUCUAGUGAAAAAUGCAAAGACGAAAUAAAAGAUUAUUUACAACUUACUAUUGAAUGGGAGCAACCUGCAGGAUUAAUUGCUGCUUAUACUAGUGGUGGAACUGGCUUUUGUACUGUCUUAAAUUAUGAUUUAGCCGAAGUUGGUUCAAACUUUCGUUUUAUUAGCACUCAAAAUCUAUUUAAUUCGGGUUAUUUGGAUAAUGAAGCUCCAAAGAGUCUUGGUGGACAUAUAUUUGCUGCUAUUCUUAUCAAUCACUCCUUUUUCAAGCCUUACUAUCGCACUAAUAUCACCACUUACCGUGGAAUGAGUAUUUCACAAGACGAUCUUAUAGAAUAUAAAAUAAACGAUAUCGUUAUGACUCGCACAUUUCUUUCCACAUCGUAUGAUGAAAAUAUGGCUAAACGUUUCAUUCCAAUCAACGACAACAAAAAACAACCAGUCCUGUGUAUCUAUAAAGUAAAAAAUCCUCAAACUAGUCUUUAUAUUGAAGAGCUGAGUAUUUUUUCAGAGGGAAAAGAAGUAUUAAUUAUUCCAUUCACAGUUUUUCGAAUAAAAGAAAUAGAAGAUGUUGACAUGCUUAUUGAUGGAAAAAGCUGUUCUAUUAAAGUACUAAAACUUGCAGAAUGUGAUUCAAAUUUGUUGUAA